UCGGUUCGGCUCUGAAAAUCUGGUGUUAGUAGGUUUUUGAACGCCGCUGAGAGCAGCUGCAUAUUUUCGAGAUACGGAUACGGUUAGCUUCGUUGCAGCAGCACACCAACCAUCAACAUGGCGGUCUUUGGCAUGGUCUCGGCUGUGUCCGGCUUCAUCAAGAUACGCUAUCUGCUGGACAAGGCGGUCAUCGACAACAUGGUUUUCCGGUGCCACUACAGGAUCACGACCGCCAUUCUGUUCACCUGUUGCAUCAUCGUCACCGCAAACAAUCUGAUCGGCGAUCCCAUAAGUUGCAUCAACGAUGGCUCCAUACCGAUGCACGUGAUCAACACCUUCUGCUGGAUUACAUACAUUACGAUACCUGGCCAACAGCAUCGGCAGAUUGGAACGGACGUGGCCUCUCCGGGUUUGGGCAAUGAAUAUGGCCGAAAACGCUAUCACAGCUACUCAUGGGUGCCAUUCGUGCUAUUUUUCCAGGGCCUCAUGUUCUACGUGCCCCAUUGGAUUUGGAAGAACAUGGAGGACGGCAAGAUCCGCAUGAUCACCGAUGGACUGCGUGGAAUGGUCAGUGUGCCGGAUGAUUCGCGGGAUCGUCAGGAUAGGAUCCUCAAGUACUUCGUGAACAGUUUGAACACGCACAACGGCUACUCCUUUGCCUACUUCAUAUGCGAACUGCUAAACUUUAUCAAUGUGAUUGUGAAUAUCUUUAUGGUGGAUAAGUUUCUGGGCGGUGCUUUCAUGUCCUACGGCACGGAUGUGCUCAAGUUCUCGAAUAUGGAUCAGGAAAAGCGCUUCGAUCCCAUGAUGAGUUUCCCCCGACUAACCAAGUGCACGUUCCGCAAGUUCGGUCCCAGUGGAUCGAUCCAGAAGCACGACACUCUCUGUGUGCUGGCAUUGAAUAUCCUACGAGAAAUCUACAUCUUCCUGUGGUUCUGGUUUAUCAUCUUGGCCACCAUCGGCGUGGCUGUGCUGUAUUCACUGGUGGUUAUCAUGAUGCCCACCACCCGGGAGACCAUCAUCAAGCGUUCUUAUCGCUCAGGACAACGCAAGGAAAUCGCCGGAUUGGUCAGACGUUUGGAGAUUGGUGACUUCCUGAUCUUGCACUUCCUUAGCCAGAAUCUCAGCACAAGAUCGUACAGCGAUAUGCUGCAACAGCUUUGCGGCCUCCUUGGAGCAUCCCGAACCCCCUCGGCCCCAUCGACCCUGGAAAUGAACCCCAUCAGCCAUCCAAUAUACCCGCCCGUGGAGAGCUUCGGCGGCGGCAAGGAGACGGAGACAUGA